GGAAGUAUGUCGUCAAAACACUUUCGUCAGCAGCACGCGACGCUUCAGCACGCUUAGGAGUAUUUUCACGAAAAGGAGAGGAAGAUGCCUGCACAGGAGGAAGAGGAUGGCAGGAAGACUACAACUCAGGAGGAAGUGGUGGACACAAAGUUGACUAUUCAGGAUGAAGAGGAGGACAGGAAGAUGACUACUCAAGAGGAAGAGGAGGACACAACAAUUGCAGAUGAUGAAGAUGCUGUGAAAAUAAAGCAGAAAAAGAGAAAUCUCCAAGGGGCUGAACCGACUUCCUCUUUAGACAGGAAGUGUGUUCCAGGGAUUUUGUACCUGGGUCACAUUCCUCCGAGGUUUCGUCCUAAACACCUGAGGAAUCUUUUGUCGGUGUACGGAGAGAUUGGACGUGUUUUCCUGCAACCCGAAGAUGGUGAGGUCAGGAAGAGGAAGAAGAGGUCGGGAUCGAGGAGGUGCGAUUUCACUGAGGGCUGGGUUGAGUUUCGUGACAAACGCGUGGCCAAGCGAGUGGCGGCGUCUCUACACAACACUCCCAUGGCCACAAGGAAACGCCAGACGUUCACCUCUGACCUCUGGUGCAUCAAGUACCUGCACAGGUUCCAGUGGACACACCUGAGCGAGCGUCUGGCCUACGAGCAGAUGGUUCUACAGCAACGCCUCCGGAGUGAAGUGUCGCAGGCCAAGAGAGAAACCAACUUCUACCUGAACAGCGUGGAAAAGAGCGCUCACAUGGACAAAAUGAGGAAGAGGAGGAAGAGUAAUGCACAGCAGGUGGAGGAGCGCACAUGGGACUUCACGCAGCGGCAGACAGAGGAGGAGAUCCAGACGAAGAAGAAGAAACAAAAAGACACCAUCAGCCAGAAGCAGCAAGACAAGGACCGCCUCCACCAGCACAAGAGCCAAACAAACAUCUCCUUGCUGGCAAAGAUUUUUAACCGCCAUCAGCCCUAGCAGCUGCAUCUUUCUUCACAAUAAUGGGUCCUAAUAGUUUGACUUUUAAAGGUCUAUAUUGUGAAGAGUCUUAAAAAGGGUGCACAUGAAAAUAUAACAUGUGCUUUUCUCUGUGAUAUUGGUGCACAUGACCCAUUUAAAUUAGUUUAGUUCAGCUCAGGUGCUCUUUCUGGGUUUGAAGUACAAGCUGAUUGGAUGUGUUGUGUCAUAGUCCUCCUGUAGGGGACAGCAGUGAGUUUAGGACCAGAGUGGCCUACAAGUCCCACUACGACGGACAGCUUUAUAGAAGCUAACGGAGGAACCUAACAGUCCUAACUCAUGUGCCAUCAGAUCAUGUUGCUAGAACGGUGACAGUCUUUUGUUGUGGAACUAAAGAUACAAAAUGUACGGAAAGACCAAAAUGAUUUUUUAUUA